ACGCAAAACGAGAAGGCGAAAACAAAACAAGCAGAGUGAAGAAGACCCACGACACGCUGUCGUUGCCGGUCACGACGAGCAUUAUUCAUUAAGUAGAGAUUAGAACAAGUCAGAGAUUAAAACGAAAGAAAUUGAAAUUAAAGCGCUUAGCUUAUCGGCAACUAAAUUUGAUUUGGAGGCCAGGCCCGCUGCCCAAAAAAAAACAAAUAGUGAAAACACACACAGGCGCUCUCGUUCACACACACGCACACAGAUAAUGCCAGGGAGAGAGAGAGAGGAGAGCGGAGAUAGCGGCUAACAACAGUGUAAAUAGAAGAAUUAAGCUCUAAAGUGGCAAAGUGCUGUUUAUAUAAUAACAAUAAAACAACAUGCGACUGCGACUGCGACUCCUCAGCCAAGCGAACAGACUGCGAUUGUUGCAACGCCAACGUUGGCUGGCCACCACAAGUAGCACAAAUCUCGCCCAGCAACAGCCACAAGGAGAGAGGGGCAGCAAAAGGGAUUACAAUGGACUGGUUUAUGGCGCCGCAACUUUGGCUGGCAUUGGCGCCGGUUUCUUGCUCUUCAAUGAACUGGACAAGCCACGCAGCAGCAGCAACAACAUCAUCACGACAAGCACAGCAACUGUUGCUCCACCAGCUUUAGAUGAAGAGGCCACCGCGCGUCUUUGGCACACAACGAAGCGCAACGAUUUGCCGGUGUACAGCGUCGAUGAGGUAAGCAAACACAACACAGCCGAGACGGGCAUCUGGAUCACCUAUGGCCUGGGUGUCUACGAUGUUAGCGAGUUUGCACCCAAUCAUCCGGGUGGCGAUAAGAUUAUGAUGGCCGCCGGGAGCGCCAUCGAUCCUUUCUGGGCCAUCUUUCAGCAGCACAACACGCUCGAGGUGCUGCAACUGCUCGAGGGUUUUCGCAUUGGCAAUCUGCCGCAGCUGGAAGCCGCGCCUGUGGAGUUGGAGCAUGAUUCACCCUGGUCCCAGGAGCCGAAACGUCAUGCCUUGCUGAAGCCGACGAGUGAGCGGCCCUUCAAUGCGGAGCCACCGAUUGCGAUGCUCUCGGAGAAAUUCCUAACGCCCAACGAGUAUUUCUAUGUGCGCAAUCAUUUGCCGGUGCCCACGCUGCAGCCGGAGGACUACGAGCUGGAGCUGGAGGUGGAGGCGGGCGAAGGGCAGAAGGAGCUGAAGCUGAGCUUUGCGGAGAUCAAGGCGCUGCCCAAGCACUCGGUCACAGCGGCCAUUAUGUGCGGUGGCAAUCGACGCUCCGAGAUGACCAAAGUGAAGCCGGUCAAGGGUCUGUCGUGGGGAGCUGGCGCCGUGGGCAAUGCCAAGUGGUCAGGUGCGCGUCUUUGCGAUGUUUUGCGUCAGCUGGGCGUUCAGCCACACGAGCAACUUCAUGUGAUAUUCGAGGGUGCUGACUUGGAUCCCACAUCGCAUCCGUAUGGCGCCUCCAUACCGCUGUCCAAGGCACUUGAUCCACGCGGCGAUGUGCUGCUUGCCUACGAGAUGAACGACCAGCCACUGAGCCGUGAUCACGGCUUUCCCAUACGCGUCAUCGUUCCAGGCACUGUCGGGGCACGCAACGUCAAGUGGCUGACACGCAUCAUUGUCGCCGACCACGAAAGCGAUUCGCAUUGGCAGCAAAAUGAUUACAAGGGCUUCAGUCCCAGCACCGAUUGGGAUACGGUUGACUUUAGCAAAUCGCUGGCCAUUCAAUCGAUGCCCGUCACCUCCGCCAUUUGCAGUCCCAUGCCCGAGGAGCACGUUAAAGUCGAUGGCGACGGAUUCAUCACGGCUCGCGGUUACGCUUGGAGUGGCGGUGGACGUCGCAUUGUUCGCGUGGAUCUGACGAGCGAUGGAGGAAAAACAUGGCAUGUGGCCGAGCUGGAGCAGGAGGAUUUGCCCGAUGGUCGACACUAUGGCUGGUCGCUGUGGACAGCGCGUUUGCCCAUCAGCGCCGAGCAGCGACAGACGCAAUCGGUGGAAUUGUGGGCCAAGGCCGUCGACUCAGCGUACAAUGUGCAGCCGGAGGCCUUUGAGCACAUCUGGAAUUUGAGGGGUGUGCUCGCCAAUGCCUAUCACAAGGUUAAAGUGAAGCUAGUCUAAGCUAAUCAAUUAACAAUUAAGCAAGCAAACAAACAACGCGAUUAACGACGAAUGUGAAAUUAAUUUGAAAUUAUGUGCACCACAAACUGAUUUUUU